AGAAACGAUUCAUCGCAUCCACCUCCAUCCUUCCGCGAGGUCAUAAUUCUUUUGCUGGCACCAACCCAACCCAACCGAACCGAACUAACCCACACCACACCACACCACACCCGCACCAUGCCUCUUGUGCUCGACGAAUACGAAGACGACGACUGGGACGAACUCCCUGCUGAAAUCCAGAAGCUCUGCGAGGGCAUCGGAUACACCCAAAAGCUCUGGGACAAGGACAAGGAUCCCGAGUGCUUCGACAAGGACUGGGAAGAGCUGACGCCCACGGAGCAAGAGGCGGCGGCCAAGCUCGGCUACACCCCCGAGACCUGGGACGAAGAGGAGUGAGGCGGCCGUUUGCUCGCAAGGAUUCCGUAGGUAGCUCGGAAUGGAUCCCGCCCCACGGGCAUUUGGAAGGGAGCGAGGCGGCGGGAUUCUCGAGGAAGGCGCUCGACGCAACGCGACGAAAUGCCGAAACGAUCGAGGGAGCAACAAAACAUCCCUGGCGUGGUUCUCUAGAGUACCGAUAGAUUUAAAAUUAUAGAAAAAUCGAUCUAGUUUUGGACC